UCCAAAUUCUUGUCCUAUAGUUAAACAGGGGAGGGCAUCAGAGAAGUCCGCAUAGACAGUCAUGCCUGAAGUCUGGCUAGUUUUGUAUGUGGAAUAGAUGUAGUCUUCAUGGGUCUGGGAAACGUUGAACUGAGGGGCUGUCGCAUCAUAAAUGAUACGAGCGGCAUAACAACCCUUGGCUUUUCUCCACUGGUAGGCAGGCAGUCUUCAAGGAGCAGUGACGAAGGAGACUCAAGAAAACACGGCUGUUUGGUCGAAACUCAGUGAGAACACGCUCCACAGCGCUCAUUUACCUCUUCUGUGAGGCGCGUACAGAUGGCGAAGGAAGCACGAGGAAAGGCUGCCCUGCGCAAGCACAGCGCCUCCCACUGGCGGAUGCAGAACAUCGCGCAGGAAUCCAUCGACAGCUCUGACGAUGAGUUCUUUGACGCUAGAGAGGUGCUGGAGGGGAAGACCGCCAUGCUGCUGGGCAUGAGCCAGUGGAACUCCAAUGACCUGGUGGAGCAGAUCGAGACGCUGGGCCACAUGGACCAGACACAAGAGAGCCUGUACCGCCAUGGCCGCCGCCGAUGCCACCCCCAGAGCAGCAUUGAUGGCCUGGAGGAUAUUGAGAGGAAGUGUAAGACUGAGGUUCUGAUCUUGCUGGUGCAUGGCGGGAACAUCCUGGACACGGCCGGAGGUGACCCGGGCACCAAGGCGGGCGACGCGAGCACGCUGGCAUCGGUGCUGGAGAAGGUGUCCAGUGCACACUUCCAGGCGGCUGCAGAACACGUGCUCAUCAAGAUGGUGCCCUGCCCAGCGGUGUGCGCCAAAGCCUUUUCUCUCGUCUCCAACUUGAACCCGUACAGCUAUGACGAGAGCUGUGUGUCCAGCAGCGUGGACCACCUCCCUCUGGCCGCGCUCCCGCUCCUCGCCAUCGCCGCGCCGCACUACCAGGACGCCGUGGCCACAGUCAUCGCUCGUGCCAACCAGGUCUACCACAGCUUCCUGCAGUCCCCGGACGGCGAGGGCUUCAACGGCCAGGUGUGUUUGUUGGGCGACUGCGUCGGGGGCGUGCUGUGCUUCGACGCCCUCUGCUUCAGCAACAGCCAGCGCCCGGCCAGCCCAUGCAGCAGCAGCAAGACCAACAGCACCGAGAGCCUCAAGGAUAACCCAGGCCUGCUGGGGGAGGCCAGCCCUGGCCUGAGCGGCAGUAAGCGACUCAGUAAGAGCAACAUUGACAUCUCGGCCCUGGAUGAACAUGGACGCCGCAGGCAGCCCCUCAGCCGCAAGCAGAGCGACUCCUUCGAUGACGCCUCCUCUGGACAACACGCCACCUUCCUCAGCAGUCUUAUUCAGGACGGUGCGGACCUACGGCCAGGCAGAAACCACAACCUUGUUCUGAACCCGGGGCGUUUUGACUUCGAGGUGUCGGACUGUUUCCUCCUGGGCUGUCCACUGGGCCUGGUGCUGGCCAUGAGAAGGACUGUGCUCCCAGCUGUCCAAGUGACACAACUGAGGCCCGCCUGCUCUCAGAUCUGCAACCUCUUCUUUCCGUCGGACCCCUCUGCCUCUCGUCUGGAGCCCCUGCUUAACACCGACUUCCACCGACUCCCACCCUCCGCCGUGCCACGCUACCAGCGCUACCCCCUGGGAGACGGCCGCUCGGCACUCAUCGCGGACAACAUCCACGCCCAUCCAGAGGUGUUCCUGGACGCUAGCAGCGCCCCCAUGCCCUGCUCCCCCACACCGGACCCAGGCAGCAGGCCAGGUGCAGGCAGUGCCGCAGGAGGAGGAGGAGGAGGAGGACGGGGAGGAGGUGUGGUCCGGCAAUCCAGCCUGACGAGCGUGGACAGCGAGACAUCCGGCUGCUCCGAGAGUCGCCUGAGCAGCACCGUGGCUAACAUCUCCAGCACGUGGUGGGGCUCCAAGAGGCUGGAUUACUCCCUCUACUGUCCUGACGUGCUCACCUCCUUCCCCACCGUGGCUCUGCCGCACCUCUUCCACGCCUCCUACUGGGAGUCCACAGACGUGGGGGCCUUCAUCCUGCGGCAGGUGAUGCAAUGUGAUUGUGUAAAUGCCCAGGAGGCUGACCGUGUAGACUCGUCCCUCUUCUCUCCCUCCAGCCCGAGGGAGAAGUGGCUGCGCAGGAGAACCCACGUGAAGCUGAGGCAGAACGUCACAGCCAACCACCGGGUGAAUGAUGUCAUCGCGACCGAGGACGGGCAGCAGACGCUGGUGGGGCGCUUCAUGUACGGGCCGCUGGACAUGGUCACGCUGACUGGAGAGAAGGUGGAUGUCUUUCUGAUGACCCAGCCGCAGUCAGGCCGCUGGGUGCACUUUGACACAGAGGUGACCAACAGCAGCGGUCGCAUCGCCUACACCGUCCCCAAGCACAAGAGGCUGGCCGUCGGGGUUUAUCCCAUCAAAAUGGUGGUAAAGGGUGACCAGACGAGUGCAGAGGCCUUUCUCACUGUGUUGCCGCGGGGGAUGGAGUGUGUGGUGUUCAGCAUUGAUGGCUCCUUUGCUGCCAGCGUCUCCAUCAUGGGCAGCGACCCCAAAGUGCGCCCAGGGGCUGUGGAUGUUGUUAGGCACUGGCAGGACCUGGGCUUCCUGAUCAUCUACAUCACAGGCAGGCCAGACAUGCAGAAGCAGCGCGUGGUCUCCUGGCUCUCUCAGCACAACUUCCCCCAGGGCAUGAUCUUCUUCUCCGAGGGCCUGGUGCACGACCCGCUGCGGCAGAAAGCCCUCUUCCUCCGAAACCUCAUGCAGGAGUGCCACAUUAAGAUCAACUCGGCCUACGGCUCCAUGAAGGACAUCUCUGUCUAUAACAUGCUGGGACUCGUCCCGUCCCAAAUUUACAUCGUCGGCAGGCCGUCCAAGAAGUACCAGAACCAGUGCCAGUUUCUGAGCGAGGGGUACGCCGUGCACCUCUCCACGCUCCAGUUCGGGCACCGGGCACGGCCCAAGAAGAGCUCGUCGGUGCGUCUGGUGCUGUGCAAAGGCUCGCUGGGCCGCUCGGCCAAGCCCGACUUCCUGUGCAAACGGCCACACCUGCGGCGCACCAUGUCCGUGCAGCAGCCCGACCCGCCCUACACCACCAACCCCAAACCGGAGCGCGCCCAAAGCCAGCCCGAGUCCGACAAGGACCACGGCGGCGCUGGAGGAGGAGGAGGAGGAGGAGGAGGUGUGGGGAGCCACGGCGUGUGGGGACGGGGUUCCAUACACCGCGGGGACACCACACCCUGAAGGACAGUCCAAGCGAGAGAAAGAGGGAGGGAGAGAGAGAGAGAGAUGGAGAGAGAGGAGGGGAGAUGGAGGAGUGGGAUGAGAGGGCAUCUGGGUGUACAGGGCCCAGGUGAGUUGCCCAAUGAAUAAUCAAUAGCUUCGAGCCCCCGGUGCAGUGCAGCUCAGCCAUAUGCCGGCCUCGCGGUUAGUCCCCCGUGCCUCAGCUCCCGCUGCCUCCAGCCCAGAGACCCACUUUGACCUUGAGGACAUCGACAGAAUCAUAAUGUCUAACGGAACAAUAUGUUCAUGUAAAUGAGUGGUGAAUUUCAAAUGUGGCUCGUUCACGCGCUCUCAUGCAGAGGGGAUGGCAGCGGUCUCACCUGCAGCAUAUGUACCGCGCUGUAGUGCGUUUCCCCACACGGCCGGUGAUUAUUUCGCCCUGGGUACUUGCUGUUUUUCUUUUGGCUGGCAGAAUUUGGCAGUAGCGCCAGCAAAAUCACUGACUGGUGCGGUUGUACGAUUUCCACCUUUAAGCAGUGACUGUCUGGUUGUUCACUCUCAUACAUAUUCAUGCCGCCAUUGGAGGUAGAUAGGCUAUUAUUAGAAGCUGGCCCUUUAUUUCCAUAGCCAGCUGCCUUCUGUUUGCUCUGCUCAUUGUUGCAGAGCUGGAUGACGAUCCGAUUGCAAAUUCAUCAGUGAAAGUUAUUAUGCAGAGCCCCAGUAAGCCCCAAAGAUGGCAUGUCCAGUCAUGCUUGAAAUCCUGCCAUUUCAGAAUGGGAAAUAAUGGCUGCUGAAUGAAGUAGAUCGAGGCAAUGCUACUGGUCCUCUUAGCAUGGUUCACCACUUGAUGGUUUUACAAAUGUUCAAUGUAAUAGCAAGACUGUUCUUUUUAUGUAUUCUUCUCACAUGGAGUACUGCAUUGAGGGAAGAUCACCUUUGCAACCUAUAUUUUAUUAUUACAACUUCUAGUACAGAGGAAGAAGCCUGUUGGAGCUUCUAGAAAACGGCACCUUUAUGUCCCACAACUUGUUUUGGUCCAACAUGGCAUAGUAUAGUUUAAUGGUCACACGCUAAUGCUCUGAUAAUGUACGGGCAUGUGCCAAACCAAUCUGUUCAUGUGGUGUGAGGGGUGCAAGUAGAGGACAUGGGAGGCACAGGGGACAGGCUCCAAAGAGUGGACAAAACAAACAUGGUUGAAAGUCCUUUGCCCAAGCAAUACACCUGGUGAAGGGUGAAGAGAGGGAGCGGUCUCUGGUGCAGUAACCCUGCUGCUCAGACAGGUGGCGCUGCCUCCUCCUGCAAUAAUCCUCCCAUUGUAAAUACCUGGAGACAUUUGCUCAGUCUGGAGCCCAGAGCCUCAGCCUCCACCCUGAGGGCUGCACCCCCACCAUGGGCUGCAUCUCCCGGCCCUGGCCACAGCCGCUCAGGCCUUGUCUGUCUGGAGGUAGUAAAACGGUAACGCAGACACUGACGGCUGGCCACCUGUCUGUGGCUUCUCCCCCACUGCUCAUCGCACACCGCCAACCAAUUGUAAUGACUCAAACAAGACAAGACUCAAACAAUCCAUGUUAUGGAUUCAGUCAACUUUCUUUUGUGCGUUUUGGACUUUUGUGCCUAGCACUGUCCUUCCUCUUAUAUCCUGUAGCUAACACUGGCCCAAGAUGGAGGCGUCUUAAGAUGUUUUUUUGUGCAUUUUGACAGUUAAUCAAUGUGCACUUUCCAAACGUGUAACCUGAGGGGUUUGUGACAUACAGUAUGUCUUUGUGUAUUGAUAAUGCUUUUGUAAUGUUCAAAUUUAACUCACUGUAACUGUUUACAGACCUGUGAUUGAAACACUAUGAAAAUACUGUCUGCACUUUUUGUACAUUAUACACAUAGCUGGUAAAGAGUCCAUGUUCACGAUAUAUCCACCCAAAUAUAAGAAUCACUUAGUCAUUCAAACUCAUUUAGUUGUCAAGGGAAUUGUACAUAUCCACCUGCUCCUGUGGUGGUGAGAACUCCUCGAUGUGAGCACAGUGGUGAUUGUAUAUAGUUUGUAUGUGGCAAUAUGAAGAGUUCUCUUUGUCAUUCCAUAUAGAAAUAUAGAAUAAAUGAGUGUAUGUCCCACACAUGUAUUUUUCUAUGAGGUAUUUUUAUGUACUUUAUGUGGAUAAAAUAUUUACAAAGUAAUUGCUUUUGUUCAACUUGUCAUGUUGAUUUUGCCUUAAAUAGUACUGAAUUUGUCAGUUGUGGUAGAAACCCUCUAACUGUACAGUAUUACUCUUAUCACUUGACCAAAGUAUGCGUUUUACAUUCCUGUCAAGUGCAUAUAUAUAUUUUGAACUGUUCAAAUAUUUAUUGAAUUUUUUAUUUAACAAAUGAUGUAUAAGGCCUUGGGUCUGUGUGUGUGUGUGUGUGUGUGUGUGUGUGUGUGUAUGCACAAGAGUAAUAUAUUUAUUUAAGUUGGAUUUAUGGUCUUUAUAAUGUUAUUGGUUUCUCAUAAGUUUUACAGAAUGUUAAGCUGAUCAAAACUGCUUGAUGUUUUUUGGAAUACUGCCCAUGUUUGUACGUAAGGUUUUCGAGGGUCGUAAAAAAUACAGAAUGCACUUUCACAGCGUACCCCUCGAUGAAGCAAGACGUGUACAGACCAGGCAGUAAAUCACCAUAGGACUAUAUUUAAAGUGGCCAACUAUACUGAUCUAUGAUGUUAUGUGACCAUAUGGAGAAUAACUACUUUAUGGCCAGUAUGUAUGAAUGUACUGUAACCCCCCUCUGACUCCAGCCUUAUCACAUCAGUCACACACACAUCCAUGUGCUAUCUUUUCACAACUCAUCCUAUGGUACACCCAUGUGCUACCAGGAGAAUGUCAGUAUGCUUGCAUUUUUCUACGUUUUUUCAUGUUGCUGAAUGGUUUUGUGCUUGAUGUUAAAUUUCUUUCACAGCAUACUAUGGAUUAAGGAUAAUGUAUUUACAGUAAUAAAUGUUUUAAAAAUAUAA